UAGGAUGGAUCCUGACUACUAAAGAGCAGUGGAGAGCGAGGAGGGGGGCAGCCAGCUUGCGAAAGAGAGAGAAAGGAAAGCAGCAGCAGGAGAGGUACAUCAAUUCUCAUUUCUUGAAGAAAGAAGCGUUCGCUGUCCGGGCGACGCCGCGAACAGCACGACCACAUUGGCUUUCCAAACCGAUGAGCGUUCUGCAGCUCCAGGAGAGACGAGGAACCCGCUGGCGUACACAGAGGUGGGCUGGGAGGGGGUCUGUGACCCUUGAUUUUCACCAGGGGAGAGGUACGGGGGACGUGCAACAGACAGACGACUCUGGUAGUCUUGCCAUUCACGAAUUGAUUCCAUGCCAUUGUCAUAGCGAUGUGAAGCCGUUCUCCGUGACUGGAGGAGGCAGGCUCCAAUCAGCUGCUGAGGCACAUCUGCUCUCUCCAAGCAAAACCGUUCUGUUGGGUUCUGGUUUCCACACUUUCUCCUGUCCGUCAGCAUCUUUUCAUUAGCCUUUUCUCCCGGUGUUGUUCCUCUCAGGCGACAUCCUUGCGACUUUGAACUGUCGUUGUGUUUGGUUCGCAUGGAAUGACAACUGCUUUAUCGGAGGCGGCAGGAGAGGUAACAGAGGGGGUACGUGAAGCAAGAGCGUGGAUUAUGUGAAACUGGAAAUUGGUCCUGCGAAGAACGUUCAACAAAGCCUUGUUGCACACCUUAAGGGAGGACAUUUCUUCUCUUUGCUCAAGCAGCGAUUCACAGGACACAGCCCGCCGAUGACAGCCAUGAAGGGAGACUCGGAAGACAGCAUCGAGAGCACCAGGCCGUCCAAUCUUCAGGUGUUCGCCAACAGCUCCACGUUACAUGGCAUGAGCCACAUUUUCGCCUACGGGCAUAUGACGUUCCGCCGCUUCCUGUGGACGCUGUCAUUUUUGGGCUCUCUGGGGCUGCUGUUGUUCGUCUGCAUGGACAGAGUUUACUACUACUUUGAGUUUCCUCACGUCACCAAACUGGACGAGGUCGCGGCGCCCAACCUCACCUUUCCCUCCGUGACCUUCUGCAACCUCAAUGAGUUUCGCUUCUCGAAGAUCAGCAAAAACGAUCUGUACCACGUCGGAGAGUUGCUGGCUCUGCUCAACGAGAACUAUCAGAUAGCUAACCCACACCUGGCCGAGCCAGAGGUUCUUGCCUUGCUGAAGGACAAGGCUAAUUUUGUCAACUUCAAACCCAAGUCCUUCAACAUGACGGAUUUCUACAACCGCACGGGCCACGAUAUCAACGAAAUGCUCUUACAGUGCACCUUCAGAGGAGAUUCAUGCUCUCCUCUAAACUUCUCCACAAUUUAUACCAGAUAUGGGAAAUGCUACACGUUUAACUCGGGUCUGGAUGGAAACCCCUUGCUGACGACUUUAAAAGGUGGAACUGGGAACGGACUGGAAAUCAUGCUGGAUAUUCAACAGGACGAGUACCUGCCCGUGUGGGGCGACACAGAUGAAACGUCCUAUGAAGCUGGCAUUAAAGUUCAGAUCCACAGUCAGGACGAGCCGCCCUUCAUAGAUCAGCUUGGGUUCGGUGUGGCUCCGGGUUUCCAAACCUUUGUUUCCUGUCAGCAGCAACUGCUCCAGUACCUUCCUCCUCCGUGGGGCGACUGCAGAUCCGAUGCCAUGGAUUCAGAGUACUUCUCAACCUACAGCAUCACGGCCUGUCGCAUCGACUGCGAGACGCGUUACCUGCUGGAGAACUGCAACUGUAGGAUGGUGCAUAUGCCAGGCACGUCUACCGUCUGCACACCAGAGCAGUACAAAGACUGUGCUGAUCCGGCUUUAGAUUUUCUGGUGGAGAAGGACAACAAUUACUGCGUUUGUGAAACACCUUGCAACAUGACGCGUUACGGUAAAGAGCUUUCGAUGGUGAAGAUACCCAGCAAGGCCUCGGCCAAAUAUCUCGCCAAAAAGUUCAACAAAACAGAACAAUACAUCUCGGACAAUAUCUUAGUGCUGGACAUCUUCUUUGAGGCGCUGAACUACGAGAAGAUUGAACAGAAAAAAGCCUAUGAAGUCGCUGGAUUACUGGGUGAUAUCGGUGGACAGAUGGGUCUGUUCAUAGGAGCCAGUGUCUUGACAAUACUGGAGAUAUUUGAUUACUUGUAUGAGGUUUUUAAGGACAAGGUUCUGGGUUAUUUCCUGCGUAAGAGACGACCGCAUCGGAGCGCCAGUGAUAAUCUGAGCACAUGUGACACACUCCGGAGUCACUCGGACAGUCUCGGAUUCGCGCCGAACGUCCUACCUAGUCACCCGGCUAUAGGAAACUUUGAGGAAUUCGCCUGUUGAUGACGCACGCAGGCGGCGAGGCCACGUUUAGCGUUCAACGGAAAACUGUGAAAUAUCUGAUAGACUCCAAACCAAGUGUAAGUCCACGUGUUCAAUAGUUAACAAAAACAAAUCCAUCGUCACCUGAAUAGAAACGCUAUUAUAAUAAAGCAUCAUGAAAUACAAAAAGGCAACACUUCCAAACCAAAACUCAGGUUUUAUUACAGCCACUGUUUGUUUGAAAUGUGAUAAUCCUGGUCGAUUUCAUGCCAUUUCUAUCCAACGAUUUAAAUCUUACAGAUGCUGUUACGGUCCUUCAUCCUGAAGUGUAUUUUCUGCUGUUUUAAUGCUGUAUGAACACUGUGGGCCUAAUUUGAUCAAGCCGCCUUAAAUCUGGAUAAAGAAAGCAUUUAAUAUUGCACAACAAUUGAUUGUUAGUUGAUCCGGGCGAGGUGUGAAUCUCGGUUGUACAAAGUGUCUGAGCUUUAAUGCAGAACGCGGUUUGACUGGAUUUAGCCCCUCGAUAGUAACGGAAAACACGUGUACUCACUCAGAAUGUUUGUCUGUGCUCAUAUUUGGUGUCUAUAUAAGUGCAAUAAUAUGCAUAAUGUGUUUAUGAAUACUGUAUAUUACCUUCAAGUCUUAAUUAUUAGCUGUCAGGUAAACAACACAAAGAACGCUUUCAAUACAACCUGAGUUACAGCCAUUUGCUUAGUGUUUGUGUGUGGAGAUGGAAAGAUUGAUCUGUUUGAGAAGUGUCAUCUGUCAUUCAGAUCCAAAGCUACAUCUGUCCAAACACAUAGAGUACGAGGAACCAAUCUGUUCAAUAGUUGUUGAACGCUCAUUCAUUAUAUUAAGUGGCAAAGACUGUAAACAACAUGUUGACGUGAAUACGAAAUCAACUCAUUUAAAAGACGUCUCAUACUCAUAUCUACAAUAACAUUUAUUUUCCCGCUUGAUGAAUACAAGGUUCACCCAAAAAUACAAAUUCUGCUUUCAUGUAUUCACCAUCGUGUAUGGGACUAUUUUUCCCUGUGGAACACAAAAGAAGAUAUUUUGAGAAAUGUCUCAGUGGUUUCAUGUCCAUACAAUGGAAGUCAAUGCAGUGCUGUUCAGUUCAACAUUCUUCAAAAUAUCUUCUUUUGUGUCCUGCAGAUGAAAGGAAAGCAUACGGGGUUCAGGUUUGGAUGACAUGAGAAGGAAUAAAUGAUGAACGGAUUUUCAUUUUGGGGUGAACUAUGUGGUACAUUUCAAUGUGGAGCAGAUCUUCUAGAAGAAUGUGAGCAUCACUUGUUUUUUCAUGGGAGUGCCUGUAAGUUUGAGGCGUCUUGCUUUUGUCUUGCAUGAAUCUGCUGACCGCACAACAGACGGUGACCCACAAACAUACUGUACGUAGACACAACAAAAUACAAAUGAAUUUGUGUUGUUGCAUUAGAUGAUAAACAUCAAACAGAGUGGCACAGGUACCGUUCGAGCAAAACGUUUUCUAAGAUACUGUAUGUGAAAGGUUUAUGCACACGCUCUGGUGCUGGUGGAAUCUUUUUAAUGCAUCCGCUCAAAAUCACCUCCACCCAUUGGUUAAAGACACAGUUCAUCCAAAAAUAAAAAUUCUUUCAUCAUUUCCUCACCCUCAAUCUGUUUCAAACCUGUAUAAAUGUCUUUGUUCAGAUAAACACAGAGAAAGAUAUUUGGAAGAAUGCUUGAGACCCAACAGUUCUUGGCCCCCAUUGACUCCCAUAGUAGGAAAAAUUGCUUUAUAAAUGUCUUUGAACACAAAAGAAGAUAUUUUGAAGAGUGUAGGAAGCACAUUACCAUUGUCAAUUUUCUGUGGCCAAGAACUGUUGGGUCACAAACAUUCCUCCAAAUAUCUUUCUCUGUGUUUAUAUAUAUUCUGUAAAUAUUUAUUUUUUGGUGAACUGUUGCUUUUAAGAGAAAUAUAGUCGAGAAAUGUAGAUGUGAAUGAAGAAUGCAGUUUGGUUUGAUGUUUUCUUAUCUAAUGCGAUGAUGUUGAAACACGUGUGACUCGUGUCUGAAUCUCUGCUUCUCUUCACUACAUUGCAUCGUAUUUAAAGCCUAGUACAAAACAUUUAUCUUCCAUUAACUUGAUCUGCAUCACUGUAUUAUUGUAUUGUUUUAUAUAAACUACAGUGGAAUUUCUAGUACAGGUAUCACAAUUUUAAACCAGAGUUACAUGUAAAUGAUCCCGUAUAAUAAACAAUAUAUUUAACCAUCUCUUAA